CUUACCAGAUGAGGGUUUAACGUUUGGGCUGAUAUCAUCGCCAUAGAGAAGCAAGAAAGUGGAAGAUGACUGGAGUAGGAACACCUGAUUUCUUCUACAGAGAAGCUCAGCGCCUUGGCUAUGUCGCUCGCUCUGCUUUCAAGUUGCUACAAAUACAGAAGCAAUACAAGCUGAUAAAAACAGGCUCCUCUGUUCUUGACCUUGGUUGUGCUCCAGGUGCUUGGCUUCAGGUUGCCUGCCAAAGUCUAGGUCCGUUGAAGAAUGGCGGGGUCGUUGUGGGGAUUGAUCUAAAGAAGGUGAAGGUUCCUCCUCUUCACUGUGAUUCCAGGGUUCAUACUGUUUGUGCUGAUGUUAUGAACCUACCUAAAGCAAAAAUUAGGGCGUUCUCACCUCAGCAGAAAGGAUUUUCCGUAAUACUCUCAGAUAUGUGUCCCUUAGUUUCUGGAAUUACCACUAAAGAUGCAGCUUUAUCUGCCGAGUUAGGGAUGCGAGCACUUGACUUGGCUGUUGGUCGAGCAGCCUACUCUAAUCCAGAUAAUGAUAUUAAAGGAGAAGAAGUUAAUGGAUAUCAUUCCAGUCCAGCUGAUCAUGGUGUACUGAGGCCGGGAGGUAACCUUAUCAUUAAGCUUCUGGAGAGUGAGGAUGCACAAGAGUUUAUGCCAAUCUGCAAACCACUCUUUACAAAGGCAUCAUGGCUGAGGCCGAAAGCUACGAGAUCUUCAUCUAGAGAGAUAUAUCUAAUCUGCCAGGGUUUGCAGCUAUAGCUGAUGGUUUGCUUGUUGCCUGUCUUCAGCUUUCGGUGACAACAACCACAGCAAACCAGCGAUAAUUUCAGUCUUUCUUAUCAAAAUAUUUUGUUGAUCCCCCAUGGUGGUAGUUACUGAUGCCAAUUUCAAGAGAGAACAAGAAAAA